CGCCAUUGCAAUCUCUCCCCUUCUUUUCAAGUCAAGCAGCUCCAAGGAGAUUUUGGAACAGCAAGCAGAGAUGAGAAAUCAAAUGAAGAAAUAGUUGUCUGCUACUACACAUUUGGGAUGCUUUUCUGGAACCAACUUGUCGGAUCAUUGACGAUCAGUACCAGAAGGUUCAGCUCUUCAAGACUAGCAGAGACUUUGAAGCAGGCGAAGGAUCCACAUAUCUCAGCGGAAACAGCAGAAGAUCAAUGGCAAUGUUUCGUCUUUCUUCCAUCAUAUCAGGACUAGACAAGUUAGCAUCAUACAUCACAAGUUCGUCUUCAUCUUCAUGUGAUCCAUGUGGCACGGAUGAAUUGGUGGAGUUGAAGGAUUCAGUGGUGAGGACCCGAAAUUAUGUCAUGGAUUCAAGGGGAGUUAUUGGAGAUGCAUCUGUGAAGCUCUGGCUGAUGGAGCUCAACAACUUGGUUCAUCUUAUAGAUCAUAUCGAGCACCAGAGAUCCAGCGAAGAGCAACAACCUCAGUUGGUUACUUGCAGAAAGAGAGCGAAGCUAGAGAAGAAAGAACCAGCUCCAGAUGUGAUCAACUGCAAAGUACAGGAGAUCAGGAAGAGAUUCCAUGAGAUGUCAGCUGACUGGGCUGCUAUCCAUUUAACAGAGAGUGAUGUAGGGAUGCAGUUUCAGCAACAAAGAUCAUCACCUUCUGGCUUCCAAAUAGAUGAAUCAUGCAUUUUUGGCAGGGAUCAUGACAAAAACAAGGUGAUCGAGCUAUUGUUUUCAGAUGACAGCAAGAGAGGCAAUGUUUCUAUCAUUUCCAUUGUUGGCGUGGCAGGUAUUGGGAAGACUACACUUGCUCAGCUUGCUUACAGUGAUCCAAAGAUAUGUGCACAUUUCACAGCUAGGGGAUGGGUGUGUGUCACUGGAGACAUCGAUGCUGUGAGACUGCUGCAAGCAAUCAUACAGUCAGUCACAGGAAAGGCUUGCCAAGACAAGGAUUUGGUAACGCUCGAAAGAACACUAGAAAGAGUGUUGAAGGGAACAAAAUUCUUGCUUGUUUUAGAUGAUGUCAAGGAGGACGACAGCCUCUGGGACUGCUUGCGGUCGCCAUUACUUGGUGCAGAAACGAGCAAGAUUGUUGUCACCAGUCGCAAUGAGCUAGUUUCUAACAGCAUCCAAGAACUCGUACUUCCUCAUCACCUGAGCAGCUUAUCUGAAGCUAACUGCUGGUCUCUUUUCCGUAGGUUUGCAUUUGACGGUGAAGAUCCAAAUGAGCAUCCAAACCUGGUGGAGAUCGGCAGGAAGAUUGCUGCAAUGUGUAGAGGGUGGCCGCUGGCCGCAAAGACGCUCGGUGUUCUUCUCCGGUUCGAAACCGACGAGGAUAGGUGGUUGGAUAUCCUGCAAGGUGAGGUGUUGGGGCUGGUUGGUGGUCUCAACUUCACUCUGCAACCUUCAGAUGGUGCUUGGUAUUUAUAUGGGCCCCACCUCUGCUUCCACGCGAUCCUGACCCUCGAUCCUGAAAUCGAGAUGAUGUACGCUACAACAUUAACGGGUCUGCAUUUUGCCAUGACCACAAUCAUGACUUUACUUUUUAAGUGGCUGGGAUACAUUCAGCCCUCUCAUUUACCUGUGUCUAACCUUAUAAAGUUUGUGCUUUUUGCAAACUUAUCGAUUGUUGGGAUGAACGUUAGUUUGAUGUGGAACUCCGUUGGAUUUUAUCAGAUUGCUAAGCUGUGCAUGAUUCCAGUAUCAUGUCUUCUCGAAGUUGUGUUUGAUAAAAUUCAUUACUCAAGGGCCACAAAGCUCAGCAUAGUGGUGGUUCUCGUAGGUGUUGCUAUCUGUACAGUUACUGAUGUGAGCGUGAAUGCUAAAGGGCUGAUGGCUGCUAUUAUAGCAGUGUGGAGCACUUCUUUACAACAAUAUUAUGUGCAUUUUCUUCAAAAGAAAUAUUCGCUAGGAUCGUUCAACCUCCUCGGGCAUACUGCUCCUGCUCAGGCAGCAUCACUGUUGAUAUUAGGGCCUUUUGUUGAUUACUGGUUGACGAACAAAAGGGUGGACAGAUUUGAUUACAAUGCAACGGUCGUGUUGUUCAUCAUCCUCUCGUGCACCAUUGCUGUAGGAACCAAUCUUAGCCAGUUCAUCUCGCUCAGCCUGAUCCAAGACCUGGUAACUCGCCCACGGUCUCAAUCCCCAUCCAAAGAUGCAGUAGCCAUUCACCAUGAUCUCGACAAGCUCAACGGAAGCAUGCUUCAGAUCCAACACCUGGCCGCGGACAUGGCGAAGGAGGAGGAGGAGAACGGCAAGGACGAGACCGUGCGGCAUUGGCUCAGGCAGCUUAGAGGAGCGGCUUAUGAUGCCGAGGACUUGAUCGACGAGUGCCGAUUCCAGCUGCUGGCUCGAUCCAACACCGACAGCGGAGCUCAGAUGCCGCCGGAGGAGAUGACUGUCGUCUGCGGUAGAGACGACGACAAGCGUGAAGUGAUCGAGCUGUUGUUGGCCAACCAUAGAAGAGACCUCUCUGUCAUCCCCAUAGUAGGCCCUGGGGGCGUCGGCAAGACCGCUCUCGCCCGUCUCGUCUACGACGACGCCACCAUUAGAGACCACUUCGAUGCCCGAGGUUGGGUAUAUCUGUCAGAAGAUUUCGAUCUUAUCAGACUAAUAUCAGCAAUUGUUGUCUCAGUAACAAACAUGAAACAUAUUGAUGUUGAACAAGAUCACGGGAAACCCUUGAAGUGCCAGAUAUUGAGAGGGAAGAGAUUCCUGUUAGUGCUAGAUAAUGUUCAGAAUGAGAACCAAACCCUUUGGAAUUCCUUGAGAGCCCUAUUAAGUGUAGGUCUUGAAGGCAGUGCAAUUGUAGCGACGACUCGUUGUGAAUCAGUUGCCAAGUUCAUGCAGACGGUGCUGUCCUACAACCUCAUCCCAUUACCUGAAGAGGAGUGUCAAUCGUUGUUUGAACAUCAUGCGUUUGGAAGCCAAAAUCUUACUGAUAACCUAAAUUUAGUUGCUAUUGGGAAGAGGCUCACAAAAAGACUCAAAGGCAUGCCAUUGGCCGCUAAGAUGAUCGGUAAACUUCUAUGCACUGAGAAAAAUGAGGAGAAAUGGCAUGCCAUCUUGCAGAGUGGUGUUUGGGAAUCCACUGGUUUGGAUGGUGUGGUUUCAUCAGCUCUUAGACUAAGCUACUAUGGUUUGCCUACAUGUUUGAGGGUAUGUUUCACGUACACCGCAUUGUUUCCCAAAGGAUACCUGUUCAAGAAGGAUCGACUGGUUCAGCUGUGGAUGGCCCAGGGUUUUAUCCAACCUAUGGGACGAAAACUCCCAGAAGACAUUGGUGUGGAGUAUUUCGAUGAGUUGUUGAGACGGUCAUUCUUUCAGCAAAUAGGGGCUAAUGAACAUGUGUUUACUGUGCAUGACCUAAUUCAUGAUCUUGUGCAAACUAUUGCAAGCAAGGAAAUAUUUAGGAUAAAGAACGAGAAUUUUAGCUUUGUUACCUCAGAAGCAAGACAUUUAUCGUUGUGUCCUGAAGAACUUGGGCCAUUCAUUCGCUCCUGCAACAGACCCAGGGUUUUACGAACCUUUCUAAUUGUGCAUAGAGUAUUAGAUACUUGUGAUGUUGACUAUGUGUGGAGCAAAGCUUGCUCACCUUUGAGUAUGCCGAAUGACCUUUUUGUUGGCUUGAAGUUCUUGCGCACUCUGGAUCUGAGUGAAACCCCUAUUGUAAGUUUGCCAGAAUCAAUUGACAGCGUUAUACAUUUGCGCUACCUUGGUCUCAGACAUACAAAAAUUAGAAGAUUACCUGAAUCUUUGUGUGGCCUUUACAAUCUGCAGACGUUGGACCUGAGAGAUAGUGAGAAACUAGAAGAACUGCCCAAGAGCAUAACAAAUGUCACCAACCUGCGUCAUCUUUAUCUGCCAAGAUAUGUUUCAAUUAUUCCAAUGCCACAGGGAAUUGGAAAGUUGACUAAUCUUCAGACACUAUCAACAUUUUAUGUUGACCAUGGAGAGCAAAACUGUGCAAUAAUGGAGCUGAAGGACUUGGUAAAUCUCAGAGGAAAAUUCGAGAUUGCUGGACUGCACAACGUGGCAAGUGUAGACUAUGUCGAGGAUGCUUUAAAGGAUCUAAGACACAUUGCAAAACUGAUUCUGUCCUCUGGCAUCAAUUAUGACUAUGGGAACCUUGGUGAAUCUGAUUUCAGCCUGUUUGACGGAGUUGUUGAGGAUAACCAAUCAUUAGGCAACGUGCAUGAUGAGCUUCAGACUUCCACAGAAAAUGUUGUACAAGUCUCAGCACCUAAAGAAAUAUGUAAUGGUUUGGAGACGACUGUUUUUGACAGACUUCGUCCUCAUACAAAUCUGAUGGAGCUGGUUGUGCGUUCUUACCACAGUUUGCAAUUUCCCAACUGGAUGGGCGAUGCUUCCUUUUCCAAUUUAGCCUCUGUUGAACUUGAAUUUUGCAGCAAAUGUGAAGUCCUCCCACCACUAGGCCAGCUGCCACUGCUCAGGCACCUUGCUUUUAAUGAGUUAUCAGGCUUAGAGAACAUAGGUCAGGAGUUUUGUGGCCAUGAUGCUAUGAUCAGGAUUAAGGGGUUUCCCUCUCUGGAGACGCUUCAAUUCAGAAGUAUGUACAGGUGGCAGGAAUGGUCUUAUGUAGAGGAUGGUUCAUUCCCUCGCCUUCGUCAUCUUGAGUUGAAUUAUUGUCCUAAGUUAAGGAGAUUGCCACACAUCCUCCCUUCAUUAGUGAAUUUGGUAAUUUGGCACUGCCCAGAGCUGAUGGCCCUCCCAAUGCUACCAUCACUUACAAGGUUGGAAGGCUGUUGUAAUGAGAUGAUAUGGUCCUCCAUGCCCCAAGAUCUGAUCUCCAGGCUUCAGGACCUGAGUAUUUGUGAAUUUGAGGAUCUAGCAUCCUUGCCGCUAGAAAAUCUUUAUGCAAUCAGAGAGUUUAAAAUUUCAAGCUGCCAGCAAAACACAAGCCAUGUUGCAUUCUUGGAGUUACAUUUGCUUAAUCUUGUCUUUCUCAAAUGCUUCAAAAUCAGAAGAUGUCCUGGCAUCUGGUUCUCACCAAAUCAUAAGCUGCCGCCUGCACUUCAGGUUCUGGAGAUAUUGAAUUGUCCCUUGCUGGAAGAAUGGUGCCACGGACAUGGGAGUAAUGAACUAGUUCACAUUUCUCGAGUAAUCGUUGAUCAGAAAGAUUUCCAUCUGGUUGCUGCAGAGCGAACCAAAGAUGCUGAUCAGGGAAUAUAUGAAGACAGUUGAAAAGGAUAGAAUAUCUGGACACUGAAGUGUUUUAACCCUUUUAAUUUGGCAUCUAGCUGUAAGUCUUCCUUCCGAGAGCCAACCAAAAUUAUUACCAUGCUUGUUGUGCUAGCACCUGUCUGCUCUCAAAAACUAGUAUAGUCGGCAUUCUUCUGGUGCUUCAAUGUGCCAGUUAUCUAAAUAAAUGCCCAAUGAUGAUACAGCAUUUUAGUAAGAACAAGUUGACAAUGUCUUAGAGUUGUUAUUUCUGUAAUACUGUUGUCCUUGGCAAGGUCAGAAAUAAGAUAACCUUAUGGCAUUUGGUGUUGGAAAGGUCACAGCAGUCGCCCUUGUUUCACUUGUUGAAUGUCACUGGAUUUAGUUGAUUUCUUGUCAUUGAACAUUAUGUUUCUUGUGGCUUAAAGUUAACUCAUUCAGAUUUCACCAUCACUCAUAUUUGAGCUAAUUUCAAGAAAAUUUUGUUCUUGUAUCACUUGAAUGCCUCUAAUUUCGGUCGAUUCCAUGUCAUCAAACAUAAUGUUAACCAUGGAAAUAAAUCAACUCAUUCAACUUUUGACAUUGCUCGUAUAUGAACUCUAUGCAUCACUGCCUUGCAACCAUUUUUCUCUUCUUUUAAAUAGAUUUAUUUUCGUUGAUUGAAAUUGUUUUGAUUCUCUCCCUAUAAUUUACUCAAAUUUGUUACAGAGCAUCAGUUCCUUGUGUUCCCCCUAAGUUCAUAGAUCAAUUGGAAAAGGAACAUUCACAAGCCAUCAAAUUGUCAUAUAUAGCAUUAAGAUAAUAUAAUCUGUUAAGUGGCAUAAUGAUAGAGGAUAGAAUGCGAAUGAUUGGAUAUAUUGAUUGCAAG